UCUGGAUCCAGUGCCACCCGCCGUGAAGCGCUUACCACCCCAGAAACAGACGCCAUCUUGGCUCAAAUGAAAGUCGCUAGCAUGGGAAUUUCACACCACUUCAGCGUAGCUUGAGCCAAAAUGUCUCACCUUUGCUGCAGUUCGUAGUAACCUUCUCCAUUAAACCUUUGGGGGAGGGAUAUACGACAGCUGUCGCACAAACUACUUCUUCCUCCACUUCUGUGGAGCACUGGAAAAUGGCCUAGCUGUGCCUGGAGAUAUCCUGCAGAUGUCAAAGACAUUGUCGCUUGCUUAUAUGACACGAAGUAUGUUGGAUUUUUCCCGCGGAGUUUCAUGGCUGAACUGUGCUUGAAGAUGAUGAUGAUGAUGAUGAUGAUGGGGAUUCCACCGAUUUGGCUGUCCAAUGUGUGUGAAACUGGAUGAGACAAGGGCUCUAUCAGGAGCCUUUGUGCAGAUAUACCUGCAAUUACUGAAGAGGACCUCUGGGCAGGUUCACACGGCACUUGGCAGGGUGGAGUUUCUUGACCCAUGGAGAAUUACUUUCAGGCUGAGGCCUUUAACUUGGACAAGGUGCUGGAUGAGUUUGAACAGAACGAAGAUGAAACAGACACGCCGACUCUCUCGGAUGCCAAGUGGACCCAGAUUCUCGCCCCGCCAUCACACCUCCUUUCCCUGAAUCCAGCACUGACCCACUCCGAUCUCAGCCCAAGGGACAGUCCUAUCAGCUUCAAGCCGCUUCUAGAUGCCCAGACGUCAGAUGGCCUCUCUUUGGCUGAGGUCACCAGGUUAGAUGGGAAACAGGGGGUGGGGCAGCAGCCAGAGGGCAGGAGUGAAGAACGGCCAGCAGAUGUUCACAGUCCUCCUCUGCCCCAGCCCAACAUUGGCAAGCUGGUGAGCACUGAUGGGCAGUUGCCAGACUUGCCGUCCUCCAACAGAGUGGUGCUGGAAAACGGUUAUCCAUCUAGUCCUGAUCUUAGUGACCGGACUGACGUUCUUCCGGUCAACGAAGAUGAGACAUGUCAAACUGUUACGGAUGAGCAAAGUGUUAAGGACACUGGUCCCCGAGAGUUUAAGACGGAGCAGAAUGGUACUAACGAGGGAAGUGGUGGUGGUCUUCAAGAUUUCACUGUUCUCGAGGAACAGUGUGGGAAUGGGCCACCAGUUUUGAAUAAUGGUGCUAAGAUGGAGGCAAGCCAGUCUGACAGUGGUUCACCUGUCCGUGAGGUCGGAAUGAGGGACUGUAAUCUGGUAUUUCCAGAAGGAAGUAAUCCCCAGAAAGGGGAAGCAGUUUUGCACAAAUCAGUGAGUGAUGGCGGAGAACUGGAUUGUGAGAGGGAGAAUCAUGAGGGUGCCUUUCAAAAUGGUGGACUGGUUGAGAAUGAAAUUGCAGGGAAAGACACAUGGGCAUCAAAUCAGGAAGAGAAAGAGAAAACGAUAGAGAGUGACCUCGAGGGAAUGCACAGAGAGUCUGAAUCAUCAGGAGCGGAGAAGUCCCUGUCCAAUGGUCUGAUUGCGGAUCUUGGUGGAGAUGCGCAAAGCCAGUCAGCGGUCCCUUCAAAGGAGGACUCUGUGACAGAGGAAAAGGAAAUGGAGGAAAGCAAACAAGAGUGUUGUGAUUCACUUAGAGGACUGGAAUCUGGCAGAAUGGUUAAACUCAACAACAACCGGCUGCAGCCUGUCAGCGUUCCCUACGGUGGUGCCCGCCCGAAACAGCCUGUCAGUCUGAAGCUGCAGAUUCCCCAGCCUUUCUCGAGCCAAGUCCAGAAUGAAUUUGGCUCCACUGGCAAGAACAAGAACCUGGAGCCACAGAGUAGGACAGGAGGCCUUGAGGCGUCUUGUGGAGCAACUGAGUCUGGGGUCUUUCGAAUGAAUGGAGAGCAUGGAGAUAGCUUUUCUGGCUUGCUCAUCCCUUCUGAGAGUCCAGACAAUGACCUUCAGGCAGGACAGCAAUUGAAGAAACCCUUCAACUCUUUGGGGGAAGUGGCUCCUGUUUGGGUUCCUGACUCCCAAGCACCCAUUUGCAUGAAGUGCGAGGUCAAGUUCACCUUUACUAAAAGAAGGCAUCAUUGUCGGGCUUGUGGCAAGGUGUUCUGUGCUGCUUGUUGUAGUCUGAAAAGCAGGCUGAUGUACAUGGACAGGAAAGAAGCGAGGGUUUGUGUUACCUGCCAUCGUGCACUUAUGAAUGCUCAAGCAUGGGAGAACAUGGGAGGAGGAGGCAACCAGAGCCCAAAUCCCAACAACCCAUCUGAGUACUGCUCCACUAUUCCCCCUCUGCAACAAGCCCAGGCAUCAGGAGCACUCUGCUCCCCACCCCCAACCGUAAUGGUGCCCGUUGGUGUCCUGAAACAGCCAGGAUCUGAAGGCUCUGUUCCUCGAGAGCAAAGAAGGGUUUGGUUUGCUGACGGCAUUUUACCAAAUGGGGAAGCUACAGACUCUUCUAAAGGGCCGGCGGCAAACCCCAACCCCACACAGCCUGUGGCAGCAUCCCAGUACUCAAACAAAUCCUCAGGAGCCAAUGCUUCUGAGGCGGCCCGUGCCACUGGAGCUCCGAUGGCUAGCCCUGUGGGCAGCUCUCUCAGUCUGAUCCCAGAGGACGGACUUCCUCCCAUCCUCAUCUCCACAGGCGUCAAAGGAGGUACGGGAGGCCACAUCACAGACUAUGCUGUGGAGGAAAGACCUUCUGAGAUUGUACUGAUGCAGCAGCUUGAGGAGGGCGGCCCUGAUCCCCUGGUGUUUGUCCUCAACGCCAACCUGCUGGCCAUGGUCAAACUGGUCAAUUAUGUAAAUAGGAAGUGCUGGUAUAUGACAACAAAGGGUAUGCAUGCCGUGGGCCAGGCAGAGGUUGUAGUGCUUCUACAGUGCCUCCCUGACGAGAAAACCAUUCCCAAGGACGUCUUCAGCCACUUCGUCCAGCUGUACCGGGAGGCUCUCACAGGAAAUGUAUUAAGUCACCUGGGCCACUCCUUCUUCACUCAGAGCUUCCUGGGCAGCAAGGAACACGGCGGCUUCCUUUACAUUAGCCCCACCUUCCAGACCCUGCAGGACCUGCCGUUGCCCAACCCACCCUACCUCUUUGGCAUCCUGGUGCAGAAGUGGGAGACCCCCUGGGCCAAGGUCUUUCCCAUCCGACUCAUGCUCCGCCUAGGGGCGGAAUACCGAUUCUACCCCUGCCCACUAUUUAGCGUUCGCUUCAGAAAACCCCUUUUUGGAGAGACUGGUCAUACCAUUAUGAACUUAUUGGCAGAUUUCCGUAACUACCAGUACACCUUGCCGGUGGUGAAGGGGCUGGUGGUGGACAUGGAAGUGAGGAAGACGUGCAUCAAGAUACCGAGCAACCGUUACAAUGAGCUCAUGAAGGCUAUGAAUAAGUCAAACGAGCAUGUGCUGGCAAUGGGAGCGUGCUUCAACGAACGAGCGGAUUCCCAUCUUGUAUGUGUUCAGAACGACGAUGGAAACUACCAGACGCAGGCCAUCAGUAUUCAUCACCAGCCUCGCAAAGUGACUGGGGCCUCCUUCUUUGUGUUCAGCGGGGCUUUAAAGUCUUCAUCGGGCUACUUGGCUAAGACCAGCAUUGUGGAAGAUGGUGUGAUGGUGCAGAUUACAGCUGAAACGAUGGAGGCCUUACGGCAAGCCCUGAGAGAGAUGAAAGAUUUCAGGAUUGCCUGUGGGAAAUCUGAUCAGGAGGAGAACCAGGAGCACGUCCAUAUCCAGUGGGUUGAUGAUGACCACAAUGUCAACAAGGGUGUGAUCAGCCCCAUUGAUGGAAAAUCCAUGGAGUCAGUCACCAGUGUUAAGAUCUUCCAUGGCUCGGAGUAUAAAACCAGUGGGAAAGUCAUCUGUUGGACAGAGGUGUUCUUCCUGCGGAGCGAGGACCAGACCAAUGGCCUGAGCGAUCCUGCGGACCAUAGCCGACUCGCUGAGAAUGUGGCGAGGGCUUUCUGCAUGGCCCUGUGCCCUCACCUCAAACUUCUCAAAGAGGACGGCAUGGCCAAACUGGGCCUGCGGGUCACGUUGGACUCAGAUCAGGUGGGCUACCUAGCAGGCAGUAACGGUCAGCCACUGCUCCCCCAGUACCUGAGUGAUCUAGACAGCGCCCUCAUCCCAGUGAUUCACAGCGGGGCCUGCCAGCUAAGUGAAGGGCCUGUGGUGAUGGAGCUCAUCUUCUACAUCCUGGAGAUCAUCUCCUAAAGUGAGGGAAUCCGUCCAGUCUCAGACUCAUGCCUCCCACCAGCUCGAGUCCCUCUUCGCUCUCUUUCUCUCAUUUGCACUUCAAAGAGCCUGAAAGCUGUGCAGGAACAAGUCCUCCAUACCACCUAUGCACCAUCUCCACUGGGACGCCCUCUGAAUGUGGUGCUCUCUUUCGUUUCUCCUCACCUCUCAACUCCACUGUGGAAACCAUAGGCCCUGUUGAGUCAAAAGGGGUGGUGACCCUGAAUUC